AUGCGAUAUACAAGCACCUUCACAUGCCUCAAACUGGUAACCCUCUUACCGAAAUGCCUUUCAGCGUUUUUCCUUGGAGCCCUUCUGUCCAUCAUCUGGGUAUCCUUCUAUUCUCCUCCACGUGGCCGUCGCCCCACACGAGGACAGACGUUUCCUUCCCCUGUGCUACUGGUUACCGCGCAUCCGGACGAUGAGGCCAUGUUCUUCGCGCCAAUUUUGUUGAGACUGAAGGAUUCCGGUGCUACAGUCGAUCUCCUCUGCCUGUCCACGGGUGACUUUGAGGGUUUGGGUGAUGUACGUGUGGACGAGCUCACCGAUUGUGCAGAACGGCUGGGUCUGCGUGAGGUUCGCGUUAUUUCAUCAAAUCAAUUUCCCGACGAUCCUCGAGUUGAAUGGCCCCAAGCGCGGAUCGAGGAAGUUGUUCGUACCGUGGCCUCGGAAUUUCAGUCCCGAUCCAUCAUCACUUUCGAUCAGUAUGGUGUCAGUUUGCAUCCGAAUCACUGUGCGAUAGCUCGAUCGCUUUUAAAUGCGCGAUUGCGAGUCGGACCGGAUCAACUACCACUUCCUUUAUUCUGUCUGAUUUCGUUCCCUGUCUAUCGGAAGUAUUGUGCACUGGUGGAUUUGAUUCUGUCUAUCAUUGUGCCAACUACCGGCACAAUAUACGUUCCCUUUCAUUUGAUUUCCACCUCGUAUACUGCGAUGCUUGCUCACCGUUCUCAGUUGGUUUGGUUUCGUUGGCUCUAUGUCGCAUUCUCUGUCUACAUGUACAAGAAUAGCUUCAUUCGGGUGUAA